AUGAAAUUACUAUCAAUCUCUCCUGUAUUUCUUCUGAAUUAUUUAUUUGUUUGUGUCUAUAGCCAAUUAAACUCAACUAAUGAUACAACAACAAUUAUUAUAUUACCUGAUUCUACAGGUACAACAACUACAACAACAUUAUUGCCCACAUUAAUAACUACAAAACCGAGUACAAUUACCACCACAACAUCUGUUAUUAAACCAAACACAACAUUAACAACUUCUACAUCUACUACUUCAACACCUCCAUCUACUUCGACAACACAACCAACACCAACAACAUCAACACCCUCAAAUGGAUUAAAUUUGCAAUUGAAAGUUGGUUUGCUAUUUGCUAAUGGUUCAAAAGAUUUACGAGCACAAUUUGGUUUUGGUCAAUCAGCACCAGCUAUUACUUUAGCAAUGCAAAGGGCUGCUAGUGAACAAUUAAUUAACAAUAUUAAUUUUAAUUUUACUUGGUUUAUGUGUGAUUGUGAUGAAGCUUUAGCUUCAGGUUAUACAAAUCAACUAUUUGUCAACUUGCAUGUUGAUGCUAUAAUUGGCCCACCUUGCGUUACAUCUGCCCUAAUUACUGGAUAUAUUUCUUCAUUUUAUAAUUUUCCUGUAUUUGUAUGGGGUGCAGCAGUUGCAGCUGAACUAAAUGAUAUUCCAACUGUGACUAAUGUUAAUACAAACACAAAUAUGCUUGCUAUGGGUGUGCAAGCACUUUUAAUGCAAUUUCAAUGGCAAGAAAUAUCAACAAUUUAUAUUCCAGACAAUAUUGGAAUGGUUUGCUCAUAUUUUCAGCAAGAUAUGGAGUCCCUUUUAAAUAAUAAUCCAAAUAUAACAAUUGUUUAUAAAAAACAAAUGGAUUCAACAACCGCUAGUAUGAAAGAAACUUUAAAUAAAAUUAAAACUUGUUCACGAAUUAUUGUUUCUUGUUUUGAUUCUGCUGUAGAUCGACGUAAUUUCCUUUUAGCAAUGAAUGAUUUGGGUUUGGUUGAAAGUACCGAAUAUGUUUUAAUUAUUGCACAAUUGCAAAAUCAGGGAAUGCUUCAACAAAUUUCUUCUGGAGUAAAUGGCGUUCAAUAUGACAGUUUUUGGAAGCAAUCAGACGGGUCUAACGAUGGGCGAGAUGCAGAUGCUUUAAAAACUGCUAGAAGGUCAAUUGUUAUUGAUCUCGAAAAUCAAUCAGUUGAUCAAAUUAACACAUUCAAUAAAAAAAUGUAUGCACAAUUUGGACAACCUCCAUUUAAUUGUAAUGGCUCUUGUAUGGGUGGAGCUGAUGAACAAAAUCCUUCUCCAUAUGCUCGAAGUUUGUAUGACACAACUUAUUCCUAUUUGAGAGCAUUAAAUUUAACAAAAGCUCAAUAUGGCUAUUUAUCAACGGAUUUAGCUAGAAAUGGGACUUUAAUUAAUAAUAUGAGUAAUGGGGAAUUUAUUGGUGAAACAGGAACAGUAAUACUUGAUUCAUUAGGAAAUAGAGAACCAACAUUUUAUGUUACUAUACUUGAUACUCAAGAUCAACCACAAGAUGUUAUUCAAAUAAGUAUUUUAAAUAGUAUUUUGUCUUUAACUAAAAAAUAUACUGAUGAAGCAACUAUUUGGGCAAAUAGAGGAGGAAAGAGGCCCUUAUAUAAACCUUUAUGUGGAUAUACUGGGACGGAAUGUCCACAAAAUAUGACAACAUAUAUAUUAAUUGGUGUUGGAUUAAUUCUUCUUUUGUUCUUUGCAACAAUUUCGGGUGUUGGUUAUGCUAUUAGGCGAGUUUUUAAUUUUUGUGUGAAACAAAUUCCUUGCUUGUGGGUAUCUUCAGCAGGCACCUGUAUCCGAAUGUGGGAAGGUAUGGGAAGGAAAUAA